CUCAGUUCUUUAAUAUCGACCCGCCCACCCUUUUGCCGAUUCUUGGCGAUGGAUAGUGGAAAUAAUACCACCAAUGGCACCAGCCCUGGUGAUGAACUCAAGAAUAAUCCUGUUGAGGAAGAAAUGUACUCUUCCUGGGCGCUACUUAUACUUACAACACUGCUGAUUGGUGCACUAUGGACCAGUUACUAUCUACAACUAAAGAAGAUUCGAGCAAUUCACGAAACAGUCAUAUCCAUCAUGGCCGGUAUGUUGGUUGGUCUUAUCAUCAAGUUAUCGCCAGGAACUAUCAUACAACAUAUGGUACAAUUCAAUGGAGGAUUCUUUUUCAAUCUUUUACUGCCUCCGAUUAUUUUAAACUCUGGUUACGAGUUGAAACGGCAAAACUUUUUUCGAAAUUUUGGUACGAUAUUGAUUUUUGCAUUGAUGGGAACCCUUAUAUCAGCUGUCAUCAUAGGCGUAUGCACAUACUUGUAUUCUCUUGCCCAUGUUGAAGGACUUGAUAUUAGCUUCCUCGAUAGUCUUAUAUUUGGAGCCAUUUUAUCUGCCACUGACCCGGUCACGAUCCUCGCCAUUUUCUCGCAACUCGGUGUUGAUCCAAAGCUCUUUUCAAUCAUAUCUGGAGAAAGUUUAUUGAACGACGCUGUAGCCAUUGUUCUUUCAGAAACUUUGAACAAAUUCCGUGGUCAGGAACUUCAUGCGGCGAACAUCUUCAAAGGCAUUGGGACAUUCAUUGGCGUCUUUACUGGCUCAGUAGCCAUUGGCGUUCUCUUUGGUAUAAGUGUAGCACUGAUGCUAAAGUAUUCGCAGCUACACAAGUAUCACGCAAUCGAGUCAUGCCUUGUCAGUUUGUUUGCCUACAGUAGCUAUCUCUUUUCGAAUGGAGCAAAGAUGUCAGGUAUCGUCACCCUGUUGUUCGCUGGUAUCACUCUCAAGCAUUAUGCCUAUGACAAUAUGUCGAGGCAUAGCAAGAAAACAACGAAAGCUAUGUUUCAAGUUCUUUCACAGCUCUCGGAAAAUUUUAUAUUCAUCUAUCUUGGUGUGAACCUGUUUACUCAAGAAGACGCAAUGUUCAAACCUCUUUUUAUAUUUUUGACUACUAUAUUCAUAUGCGUUGCUCGAUACUUUGCUGUUGCUCCGCUGUCUGCCGUCAUCAAUGCCGUAUGCAGAUACUUUGGUGAACCUGUCCAACUUCCACGUUCUCAUCAAGUCAUGUUGUUUUGGUCAGGACUCCGUGGUGCAGUAGCUUUUGCCUUGGCAGCUGGUCUAACCGGAGAAUCUGGUCCAGCUAUGCGUACCACCAUCCUUGUGGUUGUGGUGUUGACCGUACUGAUUUUUGGUGGAACGACCAACCGAAUGCUGCAAAUUCUCGGUAUUCGUACGGGUGUGAAGGAGUAUAGCGAUACCUCAAGUACGGAAGAAGACGAUGAGGACGAGGAGCGUGCAAGAUUACGCCGACGAUCGCGCCGCGAACGAGGAAGAAUAAAUAGCGAGGAUUCCAGUCGACAGGGCUUAUUAGAUGUCGACAGUGACUUUGAAUUUGACGAGGCUCCCCGACACUUUCAAACGAACGACAGAGACACCUCAGAACAGUCUAUCGGAGCCCUGCUUUCUGGUCCAAUUGGACAUCCCAUCGCUGAAGAUACACCCCAUUGGUUCUUGUCGUUUGACAACAAAUAUCUUAAGCCAUUCUUUACCAAACGUCAUAUUCAUGAUCGUAACAAAACAAUUGCAGCGUAUUGGAGAGCCAAAAAGCGAAAGAUGGAACGCUCACAAGGAAACAUCUUGCACAGCUUUACCAACAUGGAUUUCACCAGUACCUCCUUUGACGAUGAAGAUUUUGGAGCGAACGACAAUACCCUCGACUUGAAUCCUGUGGGUUCUCAGUCGCGCAAUUCUAUUGACGACCUUCCACCAUCCCCAUCGUCUAAUAUUAUUGUCGGUGCCGGUCGUGUUUUUGGUAGAUCCAUAGGGUCAGCUUUACCUUUUUCAAGCCAAAAUAGAUCCAACACUCCAAACUCUGGGAAUGAUGCUCGAAACAAGCGUGGUGGUCCCAUCCACCUCAGAAAUAGUCAAUCACCUUAGAUCCCUUAAUAGAGUUAUAUUCUUUGGGCCCUUGUCUUCCAGCUUAGGUCCAGUAUAUACCAUUGUCCCCCGCCCAGUUGCCAUGUAUUUUUUUUUUUUCAAAUUAGUCCAUUGUUCAAUAAUCGCUUGAAGAUAUAUAAUUUUUUACCUCUACCAAAAA